AUGACAAAUAGCAAACUUGGUGACGAUGAUUACUAUAAGCAAACUCAAUCGCAGAUUUAUGGAAUGCAAGAGACACUAUUGAAUGCAUCAAGAGACUUAAAACGACAACAAAAAAAGAAAAAGAUAGAAUAUUUUCCGUAUGACGAGGGCGUUGUACUUGACACGGGAGCUAAUAUACUUGCUUUGGCUAAUGACAAGUAUCCUCAAAACACCGACAAAUCAAAUGGGUUAAUGAGAUAUCAUCCUUAUAAAAGAGGUCAAUUUGUUAAAGAUUAUGCUAAUGACAACACUAUAGGCAGUGACUUAUUGUAUGAUAAUUUAAUUUUAGAGAAGCCUGAUGUUUUUUUGCCUAUUUUUAAUACUUAUGAUAUAUGCAAAACAAUUGAUAUUUUCAUAUCGUAUGAAGACUUGAUAAAUAUGGAUAAAUACCCUAGGGUAGUCAAUAAUGAAAUUUGGGGUAGUGAUAUAUAUACUGAUGAUUCUGACGUAUUGUUAAUUAUAAAACAUCAAUCUAUAUUUGAAAAUGAUAGUGGCGAUAAUGGUAAUAUAUGGAGGAAAUUAAAAUACAUACAGACUAUACAUGGGAUUGAAGAUUGUGAUAUUAACGGACAUAAGGAAUUUGAUAUUGUUUGUAGUUUGAUAUUAUUACCGACUUUACAAGUUUAUCAUGGGGAAUUAACCAGAAACAAAGUGAGCAGUAGAACAUGGGGUAGGGACAACAGUGAAUGUAGUAUUACAGAUAUAUUACACAAUGAGAAUAAUGCACAUGAUGGUCUGAGUAUUGCAAUUAAUAAGAUUAAGAUAUUAGAUAGGAGUGGGGAAGUCAGAGAGAGGGAAACUGAAUGA